AUGUCUACCCCCACCGCGAAAUUGAUCAAGUCCGGCGACAUCUGGCAGAUCGAAGGGUACUAUGCCUACCGCAACAAAGUCAGAAGAGGAGAGUCAACUAACAUGAUCAGUCGUCCCCGUGAGAACUUCCGAGUUCUCAAUGUCUUCCACCCGCCCAACAUCCCCGGCAAAUCCAUGGUCGUCGGAGUGAUCGACAUGGAUCCCAACGGCGCAACACCCUCACACACCCACGGAGGCGCUGCAGUGGUGGCCAUGGUGGCCUCAGGAACCGUCCUCAACCAAAUGAAUUGCGAGGAGCCGAUUGUUUCCAAGGCAGGGGAUAUCUGGUACGAGGCUCCCGGAUGUCACCAUGUUCGGUCUGAGAACGCUGGGGGUGGGUCAGAGACGGCGCGGUUUUUCGCCGUGUUGAUAGUGGACGAUGAAGUGAUCAGGGAUGGGGUGCAUAAUAUCUUUGUACUGGAUGUUGAAAAAGCAGAGAAAGAGAGCGCACAGUAA